GACAGCUUGUAUUGUUAAAUAUGCGAAACAGCAAGUGAGAUUAUAUGAACGUAUCGCUUGUCGUGGAGCACGUCACGUCGCACUUAAAAUUGAGGACAAAGUUUACACAGUGUGUUCCAAGGUUAUCGCGUGGUUUUUCUCAGCUGUUUCAAUUUUAAAUUGCACAGUUCACAUUUAUUUAUCGAGCAUAGACACAUGUUAGAAAUUUGUAAUCUUUAUUGUGUCAAAUGUUAUUUUGAUCAUGCACUGGACUCUGACUCUGUUAGGAGAAAAAAAUCAGUUUUGCUGAUUAAUUUUUUGCUGAUACUUUAAUAUUUCUGUCAAAAUUAGAUUGAUUCUAUAUCAAUCAAAGGAUUGAUGUCUGGAACGUAUACAUUAGUGAAAAAAGAUCAACCGUUGUAACUUGUUUGUUGAAAGAAUAACCACUCGUUUUUGCUUGAAAUAUAUGAUGUAAAGAGUUACCUGAGUGAGCUGAUAUGGCUCCCUACGUCUCCCGGAUAAACCAGAUUGAUGCAGCUGAGUUGGACGUUGAGAUUUAUAAGCUACUGAAGAAUGAAACCAAGGAUAUUGCCAGAUACAGUGCACCAGGAAAGUUUGACAAAUGGCAAGCAGAAAUUGACAUAGCACUGAAGUUCUUUAUUUGGAAGUUCUCUUUACAACGAGGGAACUCCACAUUUGGUCAACGUUUACUCAAUUUGCACUAUGCCAAUCUCAACCAGAAGAAGGCUGUACUGUACUUGCUUCUGACUGUCCUACCUCAGUAUAUAAAGGACAAGUUGGCCAAUGAAAAUCUCUCAGCUCAUGGUGACACAGCCUAUAGGCUGAAGUCACUCGUCGAUAGGAUUUCUAAUGUGAUCAGUCUCCUGCAGCUCAUUAACCUGCUCUUCUUCCUCCAUCGAGGCAUACAAUCACGCGUAAUAGAGCUUCUUUUAGGUCUGUCCACUCAGUCAAUAACGACGAACAAGCCUCGAAAUAUCGGUUACUCGUACAUGACGAGGGAACUCCUCUGGCAUGGUCUGAUGGAACUGUUCACUGUCGGUAUACCCAUGAUAAACUUCCACUACCUGAAGCACACGCUGCAGAAGUUGUGGCGGCGUAAGAAGAAGCAGCAGGACAUAAAGUUGUUGCCGACAAUGAAUCUGUCGACUAAGUGCGCCUAUUGCGAGGAAAAUCCGAUUCUACCUUCGCACGCUGGGUGCCAGCACAUCUUCUGUUAUUACUGCCUGAAGGCGCACUUCACCGCGAUGAACAUGUUCCAUUGUCCCAAGUGCGACGUGAAACUCUAUACUGAGAACAUGGAGAGAUACACGGUUGCAACGUGCACGAGCAACGACACGGUGUUAAGUCUCAAAGGUCCGACGUAGUGCAGUUCUACUGACAAAAUCGUAUGUAACAUUUCCAAUUUUCAAUAUUACCAAAAACAAAUAUGCGUUUGAUGGUGAUGAUAACGUGAUCUAAAAUGGUGAACGGACUGUUAUAUUUAUAAACUGUGAUCUCGCCAAAAAGUCUGCAAAAGGUGAAAGAUUUAUUAUUAUAUAAGGAUUUAGACUAUGUCUUCGGAAAGAAGAGAUUUUCUGUUCCGACUGUUAUAAUAGUUUAUGUCGCAACGCAUAAAGCGAAGAUAUCGGCAGAGGUUGUGACGUUGUAUGUCGAUAUGUCGCGUGUACGUUUAAAUUUUUUUUUUUAUUAAAAAUAGCAAUACAAAAUCUCUUCUUUAUUCAAUUCAAUACAUCUUCCCGACUUUGGGCGCUCGACAUUCUAGCGUUUUCUUCCUCGCAACAAACAAACAAACAAUAAUAAUAAUAGAUCGAUACGAUAUACCUCGUGGUUUAUCAAAAAAUUAUUUAGAUUAUCAUAUAAAAAUAUUAUGCUGCGCUAUAUAUUAUAAAACGCUCACCUGCCGUCGCAACGUCGACGGAUCGUAUUUACGCGAGUAAUAAUUCACAUUCAUCAACAUUAAUUUAUCGUUUAGUUAGCUGGCUGCACCUGCUUGAUGGGCGGGUACGUCCCCGGAUUUAUUACGAAACAUUAUUAUAAGCAUUAUAGCACAGAAAAAACGCGUAACACACACAUAAUUUAACACUUCCAUCCGCCUCCUACGACAUUACAAAUUUCACUCGAGUACAAACUUUCAUCGAUUUUUCCCGUUUUUUUUUUUUUUGUUUGGAAUGUGAUUUAUAAUACAAUUGUAUAGCGCGGC